GAAACUGUCAAAACAUCUCGGAACACAUCGGUUGUUGUUUGUUUACAUUAUCUGCAAUUGUUCAAAGUUAAAGUCAACAGAAAUUUAAUUCAACCAAAAUGCUAGCGACAAAUCAUUCAGUCCAGCCAAACUUAAAAUAUUCGAAUCCAUUGUAUGCACAGCUUGUCAUCGGUCCACCAGGUUCCGGCAAGACUACAUACUGCCACAAGGUUCAUGAAUUCUACAAGAAACUCGAACGCAAAGCAACAGUUGUCAAUUUGGAUCCGGCUAAUGAACAAAUGUUGUACGAACCAUCCAUAGAUGUGAUGAAAUUGAUAACCGUAGAAGAUGUAAUGGAACACUACAAUUUAGGACCGAACGGAGCCCUAAUGUACUGCAUGGAGUUCUUAGAAGCAAACUUUGAUUGGCUACUGGAACAACUUAAGACAUCCCCCUCCAACUAUUUCAUUUUCGAUUGUCCCGGUCAAGUAGAGUUGUAUACGCAUCAUCGAUCGAUGGCAAACAUUUUCGGCAAAUUGGAAUCACUGGGCUAUCACCUCUGUACCGUACAUUUAAUCGAUUCGCACUACUGUUCCGAACCGACGAAAUUUAUUUCCACCUUGAUGCUCUCAUUGAACACAAUGCUUCAAAUGGGCCUACCACACGUCAAUGUACUCAGCAAAGCCGAUCUGUUCAAACAGUACGACUCCAAGCUACAUUUCAAUUUGGACUUUUACACCGACGUCUUGGACUUAGACUACCUACUACAAGCAUUGGACGAUGCACCGGGCAUGAAAAAAUAUGCCAAACUGAAUGCGGCAAUUGUUUCGAUGGUCGAGGACUACGGUUUGGUGUCGUUUCAGCCGCUGGACUGUAACAGUGACAGUAGUUUGUUGCGAUUGAAAAAUCUAAUUGACAAGGCCAACGGUUAUGUGUAUGGUGCUGCUGAGGAGAAGAGUGUGAAUACGCUUCUAGCCUGUGCAGUCGGUGCAGAGACGCAAAACGAACGGAAUAAAAAGGACGUUGAUCCGUAUGUGUAGAUCGUUGGAAUGAAUAAAAAGGUUUUUUGAAAGAAGA